AUGGAGGGGCAGGCGGGGGUCCUGUCCCUGGCUGUGGGAGCGGGUUCACGGGGGCCGCCGUGUCCUGGGGGUGCCAGGACGGAGCGGGUGCGAGGGAGCUGGGCCCGGCCGGAGCUCCGGGGGCGGUUUUGUGCUCGGGGCGUGUUGGCUUUGCCCCUCGUCCUGCCGGCCGAGGGACGGGGAGGGGGGAGCCUGGGGGGGCCCACGGGUCCCGUUCCCGCAGCACACCCCGAGCCAGGGCCAGGCAGGUCGGUGCUGUGCUUUUGGGGGUGCAGGAGCUGCUGGGGUCAGGCCCAGACCCCGCUGGCACUGGUGCGGUGCCGGCCCCAGCCCCGGGGUUGCCGGUUGUCGGUCUGUGCCGCCGCUGCUGCUGCUGCCGCUGCAUGGGGUGCGGGGGGUUUUCAGCCAGCUCCUGGCUCUUGCCCGCUCUCCUGGGGAGAAGUUUCUGGUGUCCCAUCCCCGUCUCUCCCUCCCCUCCCAUCGUGGGUGUGUGGCACCGGCGAGACGCUGCCGAAAGCCCUGGCGAGGGGCCGGGCAGAGCUGCCCGUGCCCGGGAGGCAGCAGGUUUGCAGGGGCAGCAGCUCGGGGGCUCUUUGGUCCCGGCUGUGGUGCCAGGAGCUGAUUGUCCCACAUGUCUCCCUACACAGGGACAGACGCAGGAGCCCCAGGAAGAAGCCGGCCUGCCUGCGCAGCUCCAGCUCAGUUGUUUGGGCCCCAUUUGUUUUCAUUUCUUUAUUGGUUCAGGCUCCUGUUUGUUUGCAGGUCCAGCUCCGGGACGGCUCCACUUUGUUUCUGCCCUGGUUUCAGAUCCAGCUCGUUUGCAGCUCCAGGCCCAGCUCAUGGAUGGCUCUGGCUUGUGUUCCAGCUCCAGUUCAUCUGCGGCUCCAGCUCAUUUGUUUCUGCCCUGGCUCAUGGACGGCUCCAGCUGGUUCGGGCUUCCAGCAUGUUAUAGACUCCAGUUGGUUUGAGCUCCAGCUCGCGCUUGUUAAAACGAUCUUGGCUUUUGGCAAGGUCGUAAAUCAAUCACUGUCAUGACUUGAAUAUGAAUAUGAAAUGUCAUAACUGUACAGGCAGUGACUCGUGUGUUUGUGUUUAUUGUUCAAUCACUG